AUGGACAUUACAGUGACCUGUAGUCAGACCCCGACGAUGCUUAUGGUUGCAGACUUUGCAGGCGAUCGGCAGACGCUGGGCGCAGCUCUUGGACUCGGGUGGGCCACUAUGGGCGCUAUCAUCCCCGCCGUCUACAUUCAGAUCUGGGGGGCAGCCUACCUGACGUUGCACUACUUCAUGGGCAUGUUGUGUGUCGUCAUGGUCAUCUGUGUGGCCGUGGCUGUGAUCUUCGGUAAGGAAACGCCGCUGGUCGAGACGGACCGGGUGAGCGCCUGUCAGAGCAUUCUAGACGCGUUUAGGACCAUCUUCAAAGGCAUCCAGACCAUGCCGCCUAUGCUCACAGUGUACGCAGCCAUCAUGUUCUUCGUCUUGUAUGGCUACUCGGCGUACAACGGCAACAAAGGCCAGUUCUUUGGCCUCGAGGUGUACGGCGGUACUGCCACUCACGCGGACUCGUGCAACCCGUGCACCGCCGAGCAGGUCGCGUACAACAAAGGUGUGAGUAAGGCCAGUGGACUGGGCGAUCUCCUCUUCAAUAUUGUGGGUUAUAUCUUCUCGUGGGCUCUUCCGUUCCUCGUACAUCAACUCGGCGCUCGUUGGGUCUUGUCCUGCUCGAUGCUGGCACAGGCACUGCUUAUGGCCAUGGCGUUCUGCUCCAGCUUGGAGUUUGACCUCUUUGUAGUGGCCAUUCUGUCCGUAGCUCAAGGUGCCGCCUUCGCUCUUAUGGUGCCUACGAUUAUCCACGUCUUCGGAGGUCGCAGCGACGUGGAGAUCGGAAUGUACGUCGGGGUCUUGAACUCCGCGAAUUGCUUUGGCCAGCUACUUAACUACGCCAUUGGCACGGCAGUCGUGCAGACGUCACUUGGAUAUAAACUACCCGUAUUCUUGGGAGGAGCUAUGAGCUUCUUGGGCUUCCUGGUGGCUGCAUUGCUCUUCAAAGUCAAGAUGCAUUCCAUAUAA